AUGUCAAACGAGUACAAUCCCCCUCUUGGAAUUGCCUUUCGUCUGUGCGGCCUUGCGAGCGACCGCGUCCUUUUUUCUCGAGUUUCCCCAUCUCCGGAAGUGUUCCACCAUCCCAAAAGUGAAGUUUAUCCCGACCAGUGGUUUGUCGCCAUUCCAGGCUCGGGCCAAAACGCAGGAUGUUACGCCAUUAAAAGCAAGAACACUGGGAAGGUCCUCUUUUCCAGAAUGUCGCCUGAUCCUCGCGUUGGACACAUUGACGGCGACGGUAAAUACCCAGACAAUUGGUUCAAGUUUGAGGCAGGCAGUGGCAAGUACGCAGGCUACUUCCGCUUGCGCGCCGUCGCAUCAGACACUGUCCUGGUGUCUAGAACUUCGACGGGCACUGACACCCAGGUUAUCAACUACCCGGCCACCAGUGCAAAAUACGAUGAUCAAUAUUUCACUAUCUUAUUCGACAAGGACCAGCUAUCUACGAAAGGCCAGUCGAACUUGGGCGGCCUCCAGUAUGCUCGUCCUCGCAUUACCACUCUUGACGCAUCUCGACUCCCCACUCCCCCCGGAGGCUGGAAAUUCGCCAACCUUGUUAAUCCCAGCAAGCCUGAUUCUAACCUUUCACACUACCCAGUCUUACUCUUUGGCAGCUACACAUACACCGCUCUCAGCAGCGCCAAGGACGACAAUCGCAUGAAGAUCGUUGCUUGGGAUAGGAACCGAAACCUUGUCAAGGAGCUGGAAAAGCCAGGUGCCCGGUACCUUUGGAAUAUUACGUUCAACGCUGGAAACCAGACGGUGACCUUCACCGGGCAAUCUAAUCAAUCCAUUCAGGCCACUCUAGAUGAACUGGUUGUCAGGCCCGCCGUGGUUUACCUUCCAUCGUCUUCAGGUCCCAUCCUUCCGUACACUCUCACCUACGCCGCGGCUGACCCAUCUCGCUUCCCUGUCAUUAAGAACGGCCCUUACUCCUUCUGGCCUGCGUCAUUCAAGGACGGGCGUAAAUCCUUCUGUAUUGCCGUCGCCGACAGAGAUAAUCUGGUUCAGAAGUUGAUUGAGUGCCCAGGCGGAAAGGUCAUUCGAGAUGUCCAGGUCAAUGACGCUCAACGCACGAUUGGGCUCAUUGGCCAGGAUGGUUCCAAGGCUACUUUCAACUACGACAUUGCCCUAACAUGCUUCUACGACUUCUGGCUCCUGGUUGUUGGCCCUGGUCUCAUCGCCGGCGCUGCGGCAUCGGGAUUGGAUCGACCGUACAUUCCACGGUAUAAGCUCUCAGCUUUGGAGAGGGCUUCUCUUGUAGGCUACUCCAAGUUCCCCUGUGGGCCCUUUGACAACACAGGCAGAAGGGAGGAUAUCUUCGAUUCUCCCUUCCCUCGCUACCAAGAACUACCGUAUUCUGCUGCCGUUGUUGAAUCUGGGUGGUCCCGUAUCGUCGACAGCACGCUCAUCAGCACCAAGAACCCGUCCAUCUCGCGAAACACAUUCUUCGUGACCUCGUCUCGCAUCUCAACCAAUACCUGCGACAAUCGUCAGUCAUGGCCAUACCCCUUGCAACUUCCAACGCACCUCAUACUUUGCCCGCUCACCAUCCGCCCUUUUGAGAUUCUCAGCUGCGCUCCUCAUCAGCUCGACCAACACAUCCCGGGCAAAGUCUUCUGGACUUUGUGUCUGUUCUCGUUCUUCAUGAGAUCGGACCGCUGUUAUUGGUGUCUUUAA